UUCACAAAAUUCCUGGAAACGGCUAAAUAGGAGGACCAAUUACACAAAACAGAUAGAACACGUGCGGCCAUCAGCAACGACGAAGACUAAGUUUUUGGGACAAAAUUAGUGCCGACAGCACAAGACGCAGGAGGGAACGUUGCUUUUAUUAUAAAGCAAUGGCAGCGUUAUCAACAGAUGAGGCCAGCAAAUUGCUGGAUUUCUCUCAAAAGUUGGACAUAAAUCUUUUAGAUCGCAUUGUCGAAUGUUUAUAUUCCUCGCAGGGAGAACAACUUCGCAUAGCCCAGGACAUUCUCACCACCCUGAAAGAACAUCCGGAUGCUUGGACGCGUGUAGAUAGUAUUUUGGAAUUUUCCCAAAAUCAGCAAACCAAGUUUUACGCUCUCCAGAUUCUGGAAGAAGUUAUUAAGACACGCUGGAAGAUACUACCCCGCAAUCAGUGUGAAGGCAUUAAGAAAUACGUAGUGGGCCUGAUAAUCAAGACUUCAUCAGACGCCGCCACCAUGGAAGCAAACAAGGUCUACUUGAAUAAAUUGAAUAUUAUUCUGGUGCAGAUUUUGAAGCGGGAAUGGCCUCGCAACUGGGAGACUUUUAUAAGCGACAUAGUGGGCGCUUCAAAAACAAAUGAAUCACUAUGCAAAAACAAUAUGGUUAUUUUGAAAAAUCUCAGCGAGGAAGUCUUUGAUUUCUCCUCGGGACAAAUAACCCAAACUAAGGCGAAACACCUAAAGGAUACCAUGUGUUCGGAAUUCGCACAAAUUUUUCAACUAUGCUCCUUUGUGCUGGAGAGUUCAAUGAAUGCCCCCCUCAUUCAGGUGACAUUAGAGACGCUUUUGCGAUUUCUCAAUUGGAUUCCUCUCGGCUAUAUAUUCGAGACAUCGCUGAUUGACACUUUGAUAUUCAAAUUCCUCAGCGUGCCCAUGUUCCGUAAUGUGACAUUAAAGUGCCUCUCGGAAAUUGCUGGCCUAACAGUACCAAGUUACAACGACAACUUCACCACCCUCUUCAGGGACACAAUGACACAGCUCGAGCAGAUGAUCAAUCAGAACACCAACAUGAAUCACAUCUAUGCCAAUGGCAGCGACAGCGAGCAAGAAUUUGUCCAGAAUUUGGCAAUGUUCUUGUGUACAUUCCUAAAGGAACACGGCAAAUCUGUGGAGGAUGUUAAGUACGUGGACUAUUUGAAUCAGGCGCUCUUGUAUUUGGUCAUGAUAUCCGAAGUAGAGGACGUUGAGGUAUUCAAAAUAUGUCUGGAAUAUUGGAAUAGUCUGGUCGAGGACUUGUAUACCAGCGAAUCCUUUGGCAGCGGUGCCUCCAAUGUGCAUUUGGGUCAAUCGGAUGUCAUGACUUUGGUCAAGCGCAAUGCCACAUUUCCGCGCCGCCGUUUCUAUGCUAGUAUUUUAUCCAAAGUUCGUUAUAUAAUGAUUUCUCGUAUGGCCAAGCCCGAAGAAGUACUGGUCGUUGAGAACGAAAACGGAGAGGUUGUAAGAGAAUUUAUGAAGGACACCAAUGCCAUUAAUCUAUACAAGAAUAUGCGUGAGACGUUGGUGUUCUUAACUCAUUUGGAUUGUGCAGAUACUGAACGAAUUAUGACAUUAAAGUUGUUGAAUCAAGUCAAUGGCACCGAGUUUUCUUGGAAAAAUUUGAAUACUUUAUGUUGGGCCAUAGGCUCAAUAUCGGGCGCCUUCUGUGAGGAGGAUGAAAAGCGAUUUUUGGUAACCGUCAUUAAGGAUCUCCUGGGAUUGUGUGAGCAAAAGAAGGGAAAGGAUAACAAAGCAAUAAUUGCCUCGAAUAUCAUGUAUGUGGUGGGGCAGUAUCCUCGAUUUCUACGAGCCCAUUGGAAGUUCUUGAAGACGGUGGUGAACAAGCUCUUCGAAUUUAUGCAUGAGACUCACGAUGGCGUUCAGGAUAUGGCGUGUGAUACCUUCAUAAAAAUAGCCAUAAAAUGCAGGCGUUACUUUGUGACUAUCCAACCGAACGAAGCUUGCACAUUCAUCGAUGAAAUUUUGGGUACUAUGAGCAGCAUAAUCUGCGAUUUGCAGCCUCAACAGGUACACACAUUCUACGAAGCCGUUGGCUACAUGAUAUCUGCCCAAGUGGACCAAGUCCAACAGGAUAUUUUAAUAGAGAAGUACAUGUUUUUACCCAAUCAAGUGUGGGAUGAAAUAAUUUCGCAUGCCUCCAAAAAUGUUGACUUUUUGAAGAAUAUGACGGCAGUCAAACAAUUGGCUAGCAUUCUGAAGACGAAUGUUGCGGCGUGCAAAGCUUUGGGCCAUGCCUAUGUCAUUCAACUGGGACGUAUAUAUUUGGACAUGCUCAACGUUUACAAGAUAACGUCGGAGAACAUCAUUCAAGCCAUAGAACUGAAUGGCGUGAACGUCAAUAAUCAGCCAUUGAUUAAGGCGAUGCAUGUGGUCAAGAAGGAAACCCUCAACCUAAUCUCAGAAUGGGUAUCUCGUUCCAACGACAACCAAUUGGUUAUGGAUAAUUUUAUACCUCCGCUAUUGGAUGCAGUUCUAUUGGAUUAUCAGCGAUGUAAAGUGCCUUCGGCCAGAGAACCCAAGGUCCUAACAUCAAUGGGCGUAAUUGUUCAUAAAUUGCGCAACGAUAUCACAAACGAAGUGCCGAAAAUAUUCGAUGCCGUUUUCCAAUGCACUCUCGACAUGAUCAACACAAACUUCGAAGACUAUCCCCAGCAUCGUGUCAGCUUCUACGAACUGCUGCAAGCUGUCAAUGCGCAUUGCUUUAAGGCUUUCCUGAACAUACCACCAGCACAAUUUAAGUUAGUCUUCGAUUCGGUUGUGUGGGCAUUUAAACAUACCAUGCGAAAUGUUGCGGACAUAGGACUUAACAUUUUGUACAAGAUGUUGCAGAACUUGGAGCAGCAUCCUACGGCGGCGCAGAGCUUCUACCAGACAUAUUUUACAGACAUUUUAAUGCAGAUAUUUUCCGUUGUCACGGACACUUCACACACAGCCGGUCUGGGUAACCAUGCCAUGAUCCUAGCAUACAUGUUUUCCCUGGUCGAAAACAAUAAGAUUACCGUUAACCUUGGUCCCGUACCCGACAAUACCAUUUUCAUACAGGAGUAUGUGGCAUCACUGCUAAAAUCAGCAUUCAGUCAUCUGACAGAUAACCAAAUCAAGGUAUUCGUCACGGGACUAUUUAAUUUAGACGAAAAUGUUCAGGCAUUUAAGGAACACUUGAGAGAUUUCUUGAUACAAAUUCGUGAGGUAACCGGCGAGGACGAUUCCGACUUGUAUCUGGAGGAGCGGGAGGCAGCGCUUCGAGAAGCCCAAGAAAGUAAAAUGUUAAUGCAACGCAACAUACCAGGCAUGUUGAAUCCUCACGAAUUGCCCGAGGAUAUGCAGGACGAAUAAAGGGAGAUGAUGUUGAAUUCAAUCUGCCCUUUGCAAAAGAGGAAAGAAAAUCUAUUGUAACUGUCAUAGCAAUCUAAAAGAAUCGGAAUGCAACUACAAAACAAACAUAAACAAAACACAAAACGAAAACAACAAUAACAACAAGCAAGAGAAGAAAAUUAUGAAGAUGAAAAAUGGUAAUUGUAGCGGGAUUUGAACGCGUGCGGAUUUAAUUAUUCAAUAUAACUAUGUAUACACUAUUCAAUAGCGAGUAUCAUAUAUAUCUGUGGUCUUCACAAGCCAGAACUCGAGCGCACCUGGCUUGAGUGGACUUGUUAUACAUUUUUGAUUUAAACUUUGAUCAGAUUAUGAUGAACUAUCAGACUCUAUAUCUUAUCCUCAAAGAUAUAUGCACUCUUUUUUUACGAUGACUUAAUGAGGCUAAGUAUGGAUAGUAGUCACCCUUAAAAAGAAAAACGUAACCCAAAAAAAAAAAAAUCUAACUUAAAAACAAAAAAAAAAACAAACAAACUGGAAAGCAAAUUUUGUUAAUGCUCUCUUGAUUGAAUUUAACGAACUAGCAGAUGAAGAUGAAGAAAGUAGGUCUGUCUUGGGUUCUUGCUUGUGAAGCAAUCACAGAAUAUAACAUACAUAAACACACAUUCUAAUUAGAAUAUUAAACACACGAAUUCAAAAAAGCGAAUAUAACAGAAAUAAAUGUAUAUAUUUUAUGUUUCGUCAAUAAUAAAAUAGUGUUAAUACGUA